AGUAGCCAAUCGAAGCACUCCUGGUUGUGCGCUGUACCCGGCGGUCCCGUCGGCGCCUGGCACCCCGGGCCACAGUGGGUCCGCCCCCCUGGGCCGUUCUCUGCGGAGCUGUGGGGCUGCCUGUCAGCCGGUUUUUGGCUGUGACUCUGAAGUUCUCCAUUUGGAUCUGUGGCUUCAGGGAAAUCAUAUGGAGAAUCCAGAUAACAAGACAGAGGUCGUUCUGCUGGCCUGUGGUUCUUUCAAUCCAAUCACCAACAUGCAUCUGAGGCUGUUUGAGCUGGCUAAAGACUACUUGCAUGAAACAGGAAAAUACAAAGUAAUCAAAGGAAUCAUUUCCCCAGUGGGUGAUGCAUAUAAGAAGAAAAGUUUGAUCAGCGCCAAUCACCGAGUAACCAUGGCAAAGCUUGCUACAGAAAGCUCAGACUGGGUGGAAGUUGAUGACUGGGAAAGCAGCCAGAAUGAGUGGCUGGAGACACUCAAAGUUCUAAGAUACCAUCAUCAGAAACUUGCAUCUUCUAAUCCUGAUAACAGUCUGCAGAGUGCUGUACCUCUAAUAAAGCCAGGUCGAAAGAGAAAACAGGAAGCAAAUAGAUACCUUCCUGUUAAAAAGAAUCAACUGAGUCCAGAAACAAAAGGUGUCCCACAGCUGAAGUUGCUCUGCGGAGCUGACAUCUUGGAGUCCUUUGGAAUCCCCAACUUGUGGAAGCUGGAAGACAUCACUGAAAUUGUGGCAAACCAUGGCCUUGUCUGCAUAACCAGAGCUGGAAACAAUGCACAGAAAUUUAUCUAUGAAUCUGACACGCUAUGGCAACACAAGAAUAACAUUCACCUGGUAGAAGAGUGGAUCACCAAUGACAUCUCUUCCACCAAAAUCCGAAGAGCACUGAGGAGAGGCCAGAGCGUCCGUUACCUGGUCCCUGAUGCAGUCCGGGCUUACAUUGAAAAACAUAACCUGUAUAGUCCAGAAAGUGAAGAUAGGAAUGCUGGGGUUAUUCUGGCCCCUUUUCAGAAAUAUGCUAGGGGAUGUAAGCAGGAACAGACACUGUAAUCUAGCCUGUUGUUAUGCUGUAAAAACCCUAUGUUUUAAUGUGGGAAGAUGUUUAAUCUGUUCCAGUAAAUCAGGUCUGAUUCUAUAGCCCUUGUACGUAUGUAAGUACCAUUGAAUUCAAUGGGAGUUUUGCGCAUAUGGGGAUUGAGCUUUUACAGCACAAGCCUUGUCUUUUAAAAAAAUGAAGUAUUUUUUACCUCAGGUUAACUAACAUGUGUGAGCUAUCCUGAGGUAAAGACACACUGAGGACAAGGCACUUAGUUUUACCAUAAGAUAAACUAGGAAAGAUCAGCUCUGUUGACCUUACUAAGGGUAUGUCUAUACUGCCCACGUUACAGCGUGGCUGCAGCAGCACUGUGAUGUGGCCAGUGUAGUCAUGCUUUAUCACUGGGGAAGAGCUCUCCUGGUGAUAAAAAAAAAAAAAAAAAACCCACCCCAAACGAGUGGUGGUAGCUUUAUCGCCCAGAGUGUGGCUCCUGGCGAUAAACUGCUGUCUAUACUGGCACUUUUCAGCGCCAAAACUUUUGUCACUCAGGGGUGUUUUUUUUUCACACCCAUGAACAACUAAAGUUUUAGCUCUGAAAGGGGCAAUGUAGACACAGCCCUAGUCUAUCUCACAGUAAAACUAAGGGUAGGUCUACACAGCUGACAUUAAAGCGCUGCCGCAGAAGUGCUUUAAAGUGGUCUGUAGUCAAGGCUCCAGCACUGGGAGAGAGCUCUUCCAGCGCUGUAAUAAAACCACCUCUGUGAGGGGAAUAGCUCCUCGCUCCCAGCGCUGUAGCACUUUCUACACUGCCACUUUACAGUGGUGAAACUUGCAUCGCUCAGGGGUGUGUUUUUUCACCUCCCUGAGCGAAGAAAGUUUCAGCGCUGUAACUGGCAGUGUAGACAAGGCCUAAAGUAACUUGUCUUCACAGUGUUUUUACCUCAAGGAUAGCUGAAACUCAUUUGUUAUCCUGAAGUUUAAGAAUACACCUUUUUUAGCAGUGAAGACAAGGCCUUAGGAGCUUGAUUCCUCCACUGUCCUUUACCUUGUCAUUUACAACUGUGCAGAUUGAGAGUAAAGUGGGUGCAAAGUGCUGCCAAUCAGCCAUGCUGCUGUUUUACACUCACUUUGCAUAUGAACAGCAACAAAAGAUGCUAGGCAGUGGAGAAGCAGGCCAUACAAUUAUGCAUUUUAAAGGGGAACCAUCAAGUACUACAGUUUCAUAUCCAAAACUGAGCAUAAUGAAAUGAAACAAAAAUGGGUUUUACAAACUCUGAUGUUACAGAUAUCCUUGACUUUAAAAAAAAAAUCAAAAGUUUUUGUUUUGAACAUGUCCCUACAUUGGUGUGAACCCAAAUACAACAGUAGGGCUCUGGCUACACUAGAGAACUUAAAGGAGCAAUCUAGCUGUGCUCCUGUAAGCUCUCUAGUGUAGCUGCUCUUAGCCGAUGGGAGAGAGCUCUUCCAUUGGGAUAAUUACUCCAGCCCCCAUGUACAGCGGUAGCUAUGUCAGUGGGAGAAGCUUUCCCAUCGACAUAGCACUGUCCACACCAGCGCUUAAGUUGGCAUAAGUUGUGUCACUCGAGGAGUAGCUAAUUCAGACCCCUGAAUGACCUAAUUUAUGUCAAUUUAAGAUUUAGUGUACCUAUAGGCCAGGAACUAGUGCAUUAGAACCAGAAAGUGAAAUUGACUAGAAACAGAAAGCAAAAUUGACCUAUUUAGUUUUGCUGUUCAAACUGAAUGACCUGUAAAGUGAUAAACAACACAAACGUUUUGAACACUUCAUUGUGUUAUAACAAAAGACAAAGUCAUUUCAAGGCAAAGUUACACUUUCUUCCACUGUUGUGUUUUAACCAAAAGCUUGGGAAUGUCUGCUCAUGAAAAUGAAAAAAAAAAUUGUUACAGUUCUUCUAUCACUGAUACAUAGUAACUAGCAUACUCCAAAAUCUGGAGUAUAUAAUAGUCUGAUUCAUUUUUAAUACUAUAUUGUUCCUGCUGUAACUACAGCAUAAAGCAAAGAACAAUAAGAAAGAUGCAAAUCACAUGCUAGAAUAAUUUUACAUUUUAGCACCAGCAGCAUAGUCAGAGCUGAGUCGUUUAAAUGAGGAGCAGGAUGAGGCUGGGUUGGGUUUAUAUAUAAAUGCAGUGAAUAACUUUAUUUCUGUUUCCCUGCCAGGGGUCUUGGGCUUUGAAAAAUACUUGAUGUUAAUCAGGAGCGGGAAAUGAUAUAAUAAUUGCCUUACUCUAAGGUCAACAUUAUUCUUCAUGAAAGGACAGAUCAGCUUCAGAAACUGGGCCCAGCCACUGGUUUAAUGGCUAAAGGUUAAGAACAGUGUCAUUGUGAUUCUUAUUCAACUGGGCCCUUUCUUCGGAAUGAGGAAUAAGAUUUGUGAGACAUUUGAUUUCUGAGCCAGAAUUUCUGUGACUGGAGGGGAGGAGGGGUAAGGAGAGACUAGGGUUCCAAUGUAGUCUAGAUAUGUCAUUUUUCUUUCUCAGAAGUCUGGUUCUGAAGUGAGCAUAGCAAAUUGGGUGUGUAAGUUAGAACAACACUAUAAAUGUCAUGCUGGUGAAUUCUACACUCCUGUCUCUUCAUUUUGUGUGUGAAUUAAGUGCCUUAUCAAAAGUUCCAGGGCUCGAAGAGCUAUUAUUUAGAUAGUAUGAGAAAACUGUUGAACUGCAUCCUCCACACAGUGGUCUGUCAUACUGACCAGAUCAGAUAUGCUAUCAGAACAUGAGAUUCUCAGUGCUCUGGACAAGGUGAGCAAUGCAUGGCAUCUCCACAUGUGCACAAAAAUGCUGGAAUUAAUGUAUGCUUUAGAGCCUCUGUGUGCUGCUAGUACCAGUCUGCAACCAUUGGUUUCUUCAGAGCAUCUAUAUUAAAAAAAAAUCUUUGUGAUAAGGUGAGGCCAUUACCUUAAAGUACACUUCUGGCUCUGAAAAGUGACUGAAAUUGCCACUAAGAUGUUCCAUGUUUAUUUCUUCUCAGUGAUUUCCAGAUCAAAUGUGAUCUGUUUAUAAUUAAAAAUGUUUUUUCUCACUGGGAGCUUGGACUCACCUUGGACUUUGACAGUCAAGCUAGGUUCUUUCUAGCUCACACAUUAUCAUUGGUAAUAAAGAUACUGUAGGCCAAAUCAGUGACAUCUGGGCAGUCUCACUGCCUUAAAUGCGCUAACAGAUUGAAACUUUAGUAAACAAUUCUACUGAUAAUGCCCAGGAAAGAACAGAAUUCACCUCUCUCUCUCAGCUAUGUUGGUUCUACAGGGCUGGCAGGAGUAAAAAGCAAUAAAGAUUUAUUUUAGUAAUUAAAGUUAUCUGAUGUGACCCUGAAUACACAAGCAGAACAGAUCUUUUCUGUGAGAGAGUGCUGUUUAUAUAGUUACUUUUCAGAGUAGAAUUGUACUUUAUUAAGUCUGAGAUUUACUUUGUGAAUCAUGAUGCUGGUGUGUUUUGGUAUACUUUAUUUGUAUAAUUCAAGAGAAGGAUUGUGCACUAACCAGGAUGUUCUGUAGUGGCCUGGUCUACACAUGUUAUAUUUUGCUGGUCUUUAGUGCAGUUAUGUGUAAUAGGUGUUUCAAUAAAAAAUUUGGUGAUAA